CGUUUUGCAACACCAGCAAAUUACAUUCGCGUUUUCCGCCCUUUACAACACGCGUAGAGAAUAUUUGAUGCCGACGUGAAGGAGCUGGAGAUUAAUUUUAUAAUUUUAUACAUAAAUCGUUUUUAAAAACAUUAAAAACAUGGCCACGGCUGAAGCUCAAGUCAAUGUGAAUCGGAAUUUGCAAAAGCAGGACCUGAGGAAUUUGGAAGUCAGCAACCUUACACCUCUGUCGCCCGAGGUGAUCUCGCGCCAGGCGACCAUCAACAUUGGCACAAUCGGACAUGUCGCGCACGGAAAAUCCACCGUAGUCAAAGCCAUAUCCGGCGUACAGACGGUCCGAUUUAAAAACGAAUUGGAGCGCAACAUUACAAUUAAGCUCGAACGCUUAAGCGAAAAGAAAAUCCCACUACUUUUGAAAUCCAAGGUCCAGCGACAGAAAUACGAAAUCAAGCAACAAAAGCAGCUGCGCCUUCUUGCCGAGCGGCGAAAGGAGUGGGCGACAAAGUCAGCAGCCCAUGCGCUGCCCCCCGCGGAAGCAACACGCAUUAGUCGUCGCAGCACCAGCCAAACCUCAUUGAGUCCCAGCCACAGCAGCGGCUAUGGCAGCAUCGUCAGCUGCGAUGAAACCGAUCAAUUAUCACAGUUUUCGGCUGGCCCCCUGGAAGUGAACGAUCUCAAGCGACGACGUAGCGGCGGUGCCCGAACACCCACACCAUCGGCCAAAAGGAGCAAGAACAACGAUGGACGGGCGAUGAAGAAGCUACCGAGGGGCGAGUACAUUGUGGAGAGGAUCGAGCACGUGGAGGUGGUCCAGUGUCGUCCCGUUUUCUAUGUCAAAUGGCAGGGCUACGAUGAGAGCGCCAACACAUGGGAAUCGUACGACAAUCUGUCGGAUUGUGCCGAAAUGGAACAUUUUGUUGAGCGUAUGCUGCAGCUGCAUCAGGUUUAUGUAGCCCACAUCACUGGGGAACUGGAGACACAGCUCGCCAACAUACCGCCGAAUAAAGAUAUACAAAGUAUGAGCAUUAUCGAGAUUGAUGCCUAUGAUCCGCUUGAGCUGCAGAUUGAUAUCAUAUUGCUUGCGCAGCUCCGUGCCGCUUCUAGUCGGAGCCUGCGGCAACCCGAGCGAAUCGGGCAGCGUGCCCUGCGCCGCAUGCAGAUUAGCCGGUGUUACUUUGAUCGUCGCAAGCAGCUGCAUGAAUUGCUGCGGUUUGAGCAGCAAAUGAAUAGAGUGGAGCUGCCGUCACCGCCCAUACGAGUGGAAAACAAUUGGGAUCUGGAUACGAUUGACAGCGGUUUCAAGUACAUACAAAAGAACAUCAUUGGAGCAGGGGUACCCAAGCCACAGGCUGGACUUGUGGGCUGCAAGUGCCAUGAGAGCGCAGAAAGUUGCACCGCCUCUUCUAUGUGUUGUGGAAGAAUGGCUGGCGAAAUCUUUGCUUACGAGCGUAGCACCGGGCGUCUGCGGCUCCGGCCAGGCAGUGCCAUCUAUGAGUGCAAUAGCCGAUGUUCCUGCGAUGAAAGCUGCACCAAUCGUCUCGUACAGAAAGGGCGACAGCAUCCGCUUGUGCUCUUCAAAACAAGCAACGGAAGGGGCUGGGGUGUCCGCACACCCCAGGCUCUGAAAAAGGGAGAGUUUGUCUGCGAAUAUAUCGGAGAGAUUAUCACCUGCGACGAGGCUAAUGAGCGUGGGAAGGCCUAUGACGACAAUGGGCGUACCUAUCUGUUUGAUCUGGACUACAAUACAUCGCUGGAUAGCGAGUAUACUGUGGAUGCGGCCAACUAUGGCAACAUAUCACAUUUUAUCAAUCAUUCGUGCGAUCCCAAUCUGGCUGUGUUCCCUUGCUGGAUCGAGCACUUGAACAUGGCUCUGCCCCACCUGGUCUUCUUCACCAUUCGUCCGAUCAAGGCGGGGGAGGAGCUCAGCUUUGACUACAUUCGAGCGGACAAUGAGGAUGUGCCCUAUGAGAAUAUAUCCACGGCUGCGCGAGUUCAGUGUCGAUGUGGGGCGGCCAAUUGCCGGAAGGUCUUGUUUUAAGUUCCAAUUCUCGAUGCCAGCAUUUGAUUAUUU